AUGAAUGGAUCGUGGUUUUCAUCACUGUCGGAAGAUAAGAAUAAAACAGCCUUCCAUGCCUCAUAUUUCGUAAUCAUUGGAUUUUCUGGACUGCAGGACUUUCUGUCACAGAACAUCCUCUUCUUUGUUUUCCUUGUUGUUUAUAUUAUUACAGUUGCAGAAAAUCUCAUGUUUAUAGCUGUCAUUAGACUGGAUAGAACUCUGCACUCACCGAUGUACAUUUUCAUUUGUCAUUUGGCUAUUGUAGACCUGCUGAUCCCUUCAGUGACUGUUCCUGAAAUGUUAUACUAUUUAAUAUCUGACAACAAAACUAUUUAUUUUGGAGCAUGUCUCUUGCAAAUGGCUUUUUAUUUAGCAGCUAACAUAAUAGAGGGAUUCACUAUUGCUCUUAUGGCAUAUGAUCGGUACCAAGCUAUAUGUAAUCCACUCCAUUACCACACAAAAAUGAGCAGCAGCCAUGCUUUUAAAAUGUUAUUUAUAGCUUGGACACCAGGGAUUGUGUCUGCAAUACUUCAUAUCUUUUUAGUUCACACUGCAACUUUUUGUGGACUGAAUAAAAUUCAGAGUUAUUUUUGUGAUUAUAUUAAUAUAAUGGAAUUAGCAUGUGAUGAUGUUAGUUUUCAGAUUAAUAUUUCUCGAUAUCAAUCAUUGCUUUUCCUGGCUGUUUUGAUUAGUGGGAUAGUUUUUUCAUAUAUAAAGAUAAUUAUGUCAGUAUUCAAAGUUACAUCAUCAGAGGGCCGCUGGAAGACCCUUUCAACCUGCAUGAGUCACCUCUUUGUAAUUGCUUUGCACUUACUCCUGAUGGCUUUUGUUCUUAUCUCAUAUGGGACCCCAGGAGUUCCUGCUGGUUUUGUUAUGUUGUUGUCUUUGUUACAGAAUGUAGUUCCAUCACUGGCUAAUCCUGUUAUUUACUGCCUAAGAACUGCAGAAAUACAAGCCAGUUGCAUGAAAAUCCUUAAUGUAGUUCGAACAACAAAUAAGCAUUUUUUGUGA